CGCAAACUCAUAUAUAUUAUAUUUGCUGGCCUAUCCAACUGUUACAAGUUCCCAUAGUGCGUAAUUGAACAUGCAAACCACGCUGUACCACUGCACAUAGAGAUUGUUAAAAAAUGAAAUUUCCACAUGCGGAGUUUUAAUACGGAAGAAUCACUGCAGUGACUCACAAAGUCAAGUCAUAUUCGGAAUUAAGAAUUGAACAUAAUGGCACAAUUCGGCUAGCAAAUCCCUAGGCUAUGGCAAAAAUCACGAUGAGGUGUUCUCCUGUGAUCGUUGACGAGAUUGUUCAACGGUUUCCACCCCUUGAUCCGUGAUCAGCUAGCCAUUACCAACCUGCAAAACGCUAGCUGUUACAUGUUGGCUGCAAAUACUACUAAUGAUUUUAACUCCAGCUAUCCGUGUGUCAUUCCAGUAAAUAAGCAACAGAUUUAUUAUAGAUAAACUACAUUCACAAGGCAAAGCACAAAGCAUUUUUAAUAAUUUGUUUGAUAGAGUCAAAAUCCUUCAUUAAACUAUACAACUUCCACUUCAUUUUCUGCUACCUAAUAAGAGAAUGGUUCUCCUCAAUCAUCUGUUUGCUUAGAAAUGGAAUCAGACGAACUUUUAACACCGAUCAGAAUCUUUGGUGGAUUCAACGAACAGCUAUUGACAAUCUGUUCUCAAGUGAGAGGUGUCACAAGCCACAUCACAUUCACGAUUUCACAGGGUGAGGGAUCAACUAACUUGUUAACAGACUGCAAACCAUAUAAUUGUUUCGGAGACUCUUUCCUCUUUCAAAAAACAAGCUAACCAAUCUGUCACUACGGUAAUAAAUACGAAAGGGGAUAAUAAGAUAUUUCCUUCGAUUAUCUAGUAUUAUGAUGUCUAAGGAACCAUUGGAAUCAUUACAUAUGUUAUCUAAGAGGUGUAAUAGAAGAGAUUAUGAUAC